AUGAUCAUUAGUGAUGAUGUUAAAAGAAUACUCUAAAAUAACGACUUUUCAAGAAUUAAUAAUUCAUCGUCAUCUGCAAAUAAAUAAAUAAACUCUAAAGAAUUAUCAAGGAAUUAAUCUUCAAUAAAAAGAAAAGUAUUGAAAAUAAAAAAUAACCUAAUCGCUAGAGUUGAUCAUUAUGAUAUAAAAUAGUCAUAUUUUCCAUAAGAAAAUUAAUUAUAGCUUUCACUUAAUAACUCCAUUUAAGAUGAUAAGAAAAUGAACACUAUCUAAUUGUAAUUGAUUAAUUCAUCCGACUAAUAAUUUAUUGAUAAUAAUUACAAGACAUUAUAUUAGGCAGUGAUUGAAAUAUUUCCUAUAGAACAUGAGAUUUGGAAGGAUCUAAUAGAAUAAAAUUAAACUAUUGAGGAGGUUGUCAAUAAUAAUUCAGAAUAUUUUCAAGGUUUACUUAAAGUUUGUUUAUGUAAAUAAGAAUUAGCUCAAUAAGAUUUAUAAAACAAAAAUAUAGAUUUCAAUGAAAUCAAGUAUUAUCAACCAAAAAAAUAAAUAUCUUAAUAUUCAAAAGAUUAUUCAGGAUCAAAAUAUCUUCCUGAUUAACCUUUAUUGAAUUAAUCCAAAGCAUAUGAAUAAUAUUAUGCUCCUCAUUUAGCAUAUCUUUAGAAAAAGAGUGUUUAUAAUGUAUUAACAUUUCUAUAUCAUUUUAGUAACAAUUUGUACCAUUGACUUCUGAGAAGGUUGAUAAUUUUAAGCCAGAAUAUAAUCCUAAUUUAAAUUAAUCAACAUUUUUAUCGACUUAUAACUCAAAUUUUAUGAAUUGGAAGGGUUAAUAUCCUGGUAAAGUAACUUAAUAAUUAUCUCCAAAAUAAUAAUCAACUUUGCCUUUUAUUGCUGAGUCUAAUUAUUCAAAAAACUUCAAAUAGAUCAAAACAGAAAAAGUUGAAUUAUAAAAGCACAUUAAAUUGUAUUGAUAUUUAAACAUCUAGAGGUCCCUUUUGUGAGAAUGGUGAAUCCUUAAUUAGAGAAACAACUUCAUAACAUUUUUUUUAAUCCCAUUAUUCAGUUCCUUCAAAAUUGAUUAGACCUGUUAGUCCAAGAUUAUUUAGUACUAAAUAAAGUUUUGAAGGGUAAUAUAGAACAUCUUUUAAUAAGUAUUUUUAUUUGCUAUUAGAUCUUAUAUGUCUAAGAAUUUGAACACUGAAUCAUAAUAAUCUUCAUUUGCUGAAAAAUUUUAUGAUAGUAAUGCUGUAAAAGGAUUGAUAGAUAAAAAAAUAAAGACUAGAAUUUUUUGA